GACAGGUAUAUUUACAUAUAUAUCUAAUAAUUUUUUUUACAUCAGGUCUUUGUCGAAAUUGUGAACAGGAAGAUAACAGAAAUUUUUAUUCGAUACAUUUCCGACUAUAAUAGUCACAAUGUAUAUAAUUUCUUUCACUUUAUCAGAUCGUCAUCCUGUUGGUUGCCAUGGUGACAGCCCGGGAUCGGCGGGAGGCUAAGGCUGGGUAUGGUGGACAUGGCCAUGGUAUCCUUCAUGGUCACGGACUGGGGCACGGCAUCGGUCACGGACUGGGGCACGGCAUCAGCCACGGACCGGGGCACGGCAUCAGCCACGGACUGGGACAUGGCAUCGGUCACGAACUGGGGCACAGUAUCAGUCACGGACUGGGGCAUGGCAUCAGCCACGGACUGGGGCACGGCAUCGGUCAUAGACUGGGGCACGGCAUCGGUCACGGACUGGGGAAAGGCAUCAGUCACGGACUGGGGCACGGCAUAAGUCACGGACUGGGGGACGGCAUCAGUCACGGACUGGGGCACAUCAGUCAUGGACUGGGGCAUAGCGUUAUCCACCGUGUUAGCCAUACUUAUGAUGGUGGCAUCAGCCAUGGUCACGAUUUGCACCAUGAUGGCCAUGUGGUGAUCCACACUGGUCACAGUCUACACCACGACGGCCACGGCCUACAUCACGGAGGCCACGGCCUACACCACCAAGGCCAUAGCCUACACCACAGCGCUCACGGCUUACACCAUGGCGGUCAUGGCCUGCACCAUGGAGGCCACAGCUUGCACCAUGGUGGUCACAGCUACGGUUACGGCCGUGGAUACGGACACGGUGGUGCACAUGGUCAGGGAGAGGUUCACUCCUACGAGGUAGGACAUGGACAUGGCUACAAGGGACACGGGGCUUCCUUCGGGUACAAGACGGCAGUGAAGCAUCCUUAUCAUGGUCAGUCUUACCAGAGGAAAGACGUCUAUAUCGCUCCUAACCACGGCCAUGGCCAUGGCAACGGCUAUGGUUACGGACACUGAGUAGUGCUGCCAUAUGUAUUUA